AUGACCAUGAAUGAGCUGCAUGACGCAGUGCGGGUCUUGGUCGAUUCAAACAUCCAACCUGUGGUCAUCGGGGAACUUGCUCAGAACUACUACAACGUCCCAAUAAUCCUUCACGAGAUUGAGCUUUGUGUGCCUGAAUCACAGCUUCCCGCAGCCGAGCAAGCACUGGUUCGGAGUGGCUUGUAUGCACGACAACCGCGCGGCGAGCCCAACAUCUAUACUGAAUACAAGACGACGUCUCCGACGUUUCGCUAUCUGCCUGCUCCGGACAUCCCGGUGGUCCUGUUCAGUGAUCGGGGUCUGGGCCACCUCCUGAUCGUCCUUGAGCCUUCGGAUCACGAUGAAAAAGCAGCAUACAGUCAGCAAAUAGACUACCUGGCUCACCGAGACGUCGUCGGGCUGCCAAUCCCUCGGCUUGGCCCUUAUGUACAACUCCUCGACGCCUUAUUCCAGAAGACCGGCGACGGCAUGUUCCAGAUGAAGCUGGAACAACUGGUUGACGCGAUGGAUCUGGACAUGCGGUGGUAUCAAGUGAACUUGGCGGGGAAGCCCUACACUGACACGCUGAGGGACUUGAUCGACACGAAGCACUUGCGCGUGGACCAGUUCUCAGGCAGUACCAUGACCUUGAUCAAUCUCAUGAGCGCAGCGGACCUCCGACGUAUCCCAGGGGCUAGUAAUUAG